AUGCGGAUUGUCCAGGAAGUGAGCGUCGAUGAAGAUGCUGCCUUUGUUGAUAAUGGUGAAAGAGCCGGCAAUAGUACAGGUAAGAGGGCAAAGAGUCCAUUCCAUCUCGCGUGGUACCGUGCCGAGGGCUGGCGCCUUCAGCUCCGGAUGAGCGGUGACAUUGUUGAGUCCUGCCGCUGGACCUGGCGUGUUGAUGACCAAUUGCUGAUGCGAGCCGGAGAAGAGGCAGGAGAGACAGGUGGUGAAAGGGGCGAUCGUCGCCACAGUACCAUCAGCCAUGCGUCGGCAAGCAGCCACGAGAACAACUCCGAUGGCCAGGACGGAAGUGGGAAGAGCGGACACAUCAAAACCGCUACCGCCACUUCCAAGACCUCGUUGGCGUCCGCCAGGACGGGUCGUUCAUUGGGAGGAUUUGGGUUUCGGCCGAACGGGGAGCAGUCGACGUCAAAGGAGCAGAUCACCACCAUCGACGAACGCAGACCCAGUCGGGCCACAACUGCGGCGCUCCAAGAACAUGACGAGUAG